UAGCAAUUAAACGUAAAAUUAUCUUCUCUUUAAGAGCAGCAGCACCGCGAAAGGACUGGCGGGAAAGCCCGCCACCAUCGCCUGGAAGAAAAAUCUCCCAAGAGAGAAUUAAGAGAAGUCGGAAAAAUGACACACACUGAAACCCUAAACAUCCUCGAUGAGAUCGAGUCUCUUGUCUCCGAUCAGCUUCAAGUGGUAUCUUACAAAUGGCUUAGUCGAAAUUUCUCGCUUUCAUCAAAAACUGCCAAGAGGUUGCUUAAGGAUUUUGUCGACAAGCACGAGAAAAAGGGUUUAGAAGUUGUCUAUACUGUAUCCGGGUGGCUCAAGAAGAGACCUUCCGAUUACCACACAAAGCUUGUUUCCAGUUCCAAACUUCAAGAAGUGGAGAAAGAGUUCAAUGGAACAUAUUUUACUCAUAUCUACAGUGUUCAAGCUAGUAUCCCAAUGGAUCCGGCUGCUAUAUGGAACGCUGAGUUUGUACAAGCAGAAGAACUCUUCAAGCAGCCUUCUGCCACUGAUAAUUGCUUGAGAGACAACAGGUUUUGUGGCAUCUCCAAUUGCUUUGUAAAGCGUGAUAUAGAGGGAGCCACUGCAAAUGUUACAGUACAAUCUAAAAGUGGUUUAAAUUCCUCGAUCCCUAAGGUUGGCCAUCAGGCUAAAAGUGAAAGUACUACUGCUCCAGCUCAAAACCAGUCUGUGAAAUCCUCCAGUGAUAAAGAAAAGCCUCUUCCUGUGUCCACUAGUAAUAAAAAGAACGGACAGGGCGACAAGAGCGUGGCUGGAGCUGGGGGCUCGUUGAAAAACAUGUGGGGCCGUGUGCCUGUGAAAGCAGAAGAUGGUUCUGCAGCAGUGGAGGUCAAAAAUCAUGAUCAUUCAGAAGCACAGAAACCUUCUCACGACGCCGAGAGUAAGGGGGGCAGCGAUGAUGAGACCCGGGAUGUGAAUGUCAAGAGAGCGCCUAAGAAUGAUAGCAGGAAAAGGAAAGUGAUAUUUGAUUUUUCCGAUGAAGAGUGUGAAGAUGUUAUCAGCUUAGCAUCUCCUAGCAGUCCGAAGAUUAAUCCAGAUAGCGAACAAACCAAAGAUUCAGGUCCAGAGAAGCUUGAUGUACGAGUAUCUCGAGAGAUCAAAGCUGAUGAACCAGAGGUCAGCGAAGAAGACUCGCAAAAAAAUGCCUCCGCUGAUACUUCUGGGGCCAGAAAGAACGAGAAAUCCAAGGCUUCGUCAAUGGAGAAGAUCCAGGCCAGUGGUUCUGAAGCAGAAGUGAAUCCCUCAAAGGGAAGAAUUACUGAUGCUCCUUGUUCACCGAAAAGGAAAAAAGUGUUGAAGUCGCGGAUUGAUGAUCGUGGGAGAGAAGUAACUGAGGUAGUCUGGGAGGAGACGGAAAAAACCGCAAAGAAGAAAGAAGACAGUGAUGAUACAAGUAAGAAGUUAAAUGAUGGCAAAAGCGCAAAUGCUGUUAACAGGGCGGUUGCGCAGAAGAAGAGCCCGGCCAUGGGGAAUGCGGCAGCCACAAACGCAGGAGGAAAAGCAGGAAGCAAGAAAGGCGGGAACGUCAAAGAUCCUAAGCAAGGAAACAUAAUGUCCUUCUUCAAGAGAGUUUAAAGGCAUUGUGUUUUUUUUUUAAUUAAGUUUUUGAGUGAGGAUAUCUGAAAUUAGAACUGAGUCCCAUCUGAUUGUAUGUUUGAAACUCUUGAGCCGUUAAUGAUAAUUUUUGUUAACUAUUCAGAUCAUCUGAUUGUAUGUGUUGAAGUUCUUACUACAAGUCAAUUGUAUGAUCUUCUUGAUUCAUUUUAAUUUU